AUGCCCCCAAAGCAAACCACGGGCGCCAAACGAGGCCGCUCCUCCAAAGCCGGCGGCGCCGCCUCGGCCACGGCCUCGAAGAAGCAGCGCGCCUCCACCUCUGCCGCGGACCUCGACGACCCGUUUGCCUCGUCCAACGAGGAGACGGCCGGCCGGCGCGCGGCCGAGGUCAUCGAUAGCGACGAGGAACCGAGCCGCGGCCGCGCAGAGUCCCCGCCCGAAGAGGCGGAGGAGCCUGAGAAGACGAUCCCGUCCGGCCUCGUGGCGAACCUCCUCAAGGAGAUGUUCGCGCGGGAAGAGACGCGCAUGACGGAGGGGGCGAGCCAGGCUGCGGCGCGGUACAUUGAUGUCUUUGUCCGGGAGGCUAUUGCGCGGUGCGUGCAUGAGCGCGAGGGGGGGUUCCUCGAGGUUGAUGAUUUGGAGAAGAUCUCGGCACAGCUGCUCAUGGAUUUCUGA